UCUGGGAAAAUACGGCCCCUGCCUUUUCCUUCCUGCUGAAAUCUCUCUUCACUUUAUGCUUGCAUGUUGUUCUCCUGAACCCCAGACUCCUAGAGCAGGCUCAGCUGUUCCAAAUAAGGUCUUUACCAGAAAGCCAAAGAUGGACAGCAAUCUUUGGUCCCAUUUGGGUUUGCGGUGCCCAAAUACAGUCCCUUGACCUUGGCCUGGGCAGAGGGAAGGGGCUUGGCUACUUUCGCUUUCAGGAGUCAGGAGCGGAGGCCUAAAAUGGAAACAGCUGAGAAGAAAGAAGCCAAGUCAAAAACAAGAUCCAGCUGAAGGAGGUCAGGCCCGAUAAGCAGGCUGACCACAGGCUUGAAAAGGAGGUCAGGCCCCAGGAGCUGGGAGUGUUUCUGCCAAGGGAGGACAAUGGCCUGUGAGCUUUGGUAGGCAGCCUGAAAUUGCUCAUCAAGGAAAAAGACCAGACUGAUUCGAAAUGGCUUCUUUUGAAUGAAGCAAUUAAUGCUAAAAGGAACAUGUUGUCUCCUCAGCAUUUGUAAGGUGAGCGCAGCUGGUCAUGGAACCAGACAAUGGGCUGGAUUUCCAGUUUCAUCACUUAUGAGCUGUAUGAUAAUGGAGCCAAUCCAUGUUUAUUUAUAAAGUGGGGAUAAAGAUUCCUGCCUCAUCACUCCCCAGAUAGAAGAAAUGUCAACAAUUGGGAGUUUUGAAGGAUUCCAGCCUGUGUCUCUGAAGCAAGAGGGAGAUGACCAACCCUCUGAGACUGACCAGCUGUCCAUGGAGGAGGGGGACCCAGGCAAGGACUCGGAGACAAGGCAGAUUUCAAGACAGCCCAGUGUGACUGAAUCAACACUGUACCCCAAUCCUUAUCACAGACCUUUUGCCUCACGGAAGUACUUCGUGACACGGCCUGGGGCCAUUGAGACUGCCAUGGAAGACUUGAAAGGCCACAUAGCCAAGACUUCUGGAGAGACAAUUCAAGGCUUCUGGCUCUUGACAGAAAUAGACCACUGGAACAAUGAGAAGGAGAGGAUUUUGCUGGUCACAGACAAGACUCUCUGGAUCUGUAAAUAUGACUUUAUCAUGCUCAGCUGUGUGCAGUUGCAACGGAUUCCCCUGAGCUCUGUCUACCGAAUCUGCCUGGGCAAGUUUGCCUUCCCCGGGAUAUCACUGGACAAGAGACAAGGAGAAGGCCUUAGGAUCUACUGGGGGAGUCUGGAACAGCAGUCCCUCUUUUCCCGCUGGAACCCGUGGUCCACUGAAGUGCCUUAUGCGACCUUCACUGAGCACCCUAUGAAAUACACCAGUGAGAAGUUCCUCGAAAUUUGUAAGUUGUCUGGGUUCACGUCUAAGAUUGUUCCAGCUAUCCAGAAUGCACACAAGAAUUCCCCUGGAUCUGGAAGAGGAAAGGGACUGAUGGUGCUAACUGAACCCAUUUUGAUUGAGACCUACACCGGGCUGAUGUCAUUCAUUGGAAAUCGCAACAAACUUGGCUAUUCCCUUGCCCGGGGGAGUAUUGGUUUUUGAGACUCUUUUUGGUGUAUUAGUAUGUCAUCCAUCAAUAUAUCUUUAUUGAAGAUUCUGUUUCAGACCACGGUAUUUUUAGACUGAAACAAUUAAUUACUUUUAAAUACUACUUCAUGAUUUUGAAAUUUUGAAUACUUAGUAUUUUUAGGAAAUCUAAAAGCUUGAUUACACUGACAGAUGAACACUUCAGACCUCAUAUAAGAAUAAUCAAAUUUGGGCAGCCCGGGUAGCUCAGUGGUUCAGCGCUGCCUUUGGCCCAGGGUGUGAUCCUGGAGUCCCAGGAUCGAGUCCCACAUCAGGCUCCCUGCAUGGAGCCUGCUUCUCCCUCUGCCUGCGUCUCUGCCUCUCUCUCUCUCUCUGUGUGUGUCUCAUGAAUAAAUAAAUAAAAUCUUAAAAAAAAAUCAAAUUUCCUAAAACCAAAAAAUAAGUUCUCUUGAGCUCAUCAAAUAAUGGUAUCAAUGAAUACCUGAUCAUAAACUGAGGGCAGACUCUCUGGGUUCUCUUAUUCCUCCAUCCUCUAAAUAUAGGUACGUAUUUUCUGGGUCUUGAUCUCAAGCCCUUUGGUUCUGAUCUUCUCUUUCAUUGGGGUCUGACUAUAUUAGUUUAGCUGCUCUUUUUAUGAGGAUGACUUCCAAAUUCAUAUUUCCAUCCCUAAUAUUUCUUCAGGAUUUGCUUUUGUAUUUCUUUCUGCUGAUCAUAUAUAUCAGUGUUCCAAUGGCCACUCACAUGGAGCAUCUUCAAAAUCCUGGAGUUCUCUGUGGCAUUUUUAUGGUUCCAGUAAUUGUCCCUGAAAUCCAUCAAUUUUGCUAUAUUUAAAUUCAUUGCCAAAUGAUUUUGUAUGGUAUCGUAUCUUUCAUAGUCUGUUUGGGCUGUUAUUAUAAAAUACCACAGACUGCAUGGCUUAUAAAAAAACAGAAGUUUAUUUCUCACAGUUCUGGAGGCUGGAAUUCAGAGUUCAGGGUUCCAGCAUAGUCAGGUAAGGGCCUUCUUCCUGGGUUGCAGACUUCUUGUUAUAUAGUCACAUGGUAAAGAGGCAAUAGGGUUCUCCUGUGCUUCUUUUUAUAAGGGCAUUAAUUUUAUUCACGAGGGCUCUGCUUUCACGACCUAAUCACCUCCCAGAGGUCCCACCUCAUAAUACCAUCACAUUGGGCUUUAGGAUUUUGACAUAUGAAUUUUGAGGGGACACCAACUGUCCCCUCAAUAGCAGUACCCAAUUUAUGUGUGGCUUAGCAUUGUACCCCAAUGCCCAGAGGUCAAGCUUAAAGUUCACUCUUCUUUGAAAAUUGGUCAUGAAUUCCUUCCCCUUUACAUUUUCAUAGGUAUAUAUUAUUAGAUCAAGUCUUUUAUUCUGUUCACCUGGAUAAUUUUGCCAUAGCCUUUUACUUGGGAUCUUUGACCCACGGCUGACUCUAUUCUAAUCCAUCCUGCAUUGGUUGUCAGAUAUCUAAAGCACAAUUUAAUCCUAUCACUCCUUGCUCAAGAAUUUUUAAUUGAUUAUUUCCUUUUGCAGUUUUUUGUUUAAACAUUUAUUAAACAAAAUUUAUUUAUUUUCCAAUAGCAGACACUUCCCUUCUAUUGAAAUCUGUUUUGGAUUCCUAAUAUGUAAAAUAGGUAGAAGUGAGGCCACUAAGAUAGAAGUGGACAUGGGAUUGCCUCUGGAUUCCUCUUUUUUUGGGUCUCAGAGGUGUCCCCUGUAGAAUGUCGAUGGCUCCCAGAGGUUUUGAGAAGCAUGUCUUCAAAACUACUGUCCGAACCUAUUUUGUUUCCUUUGCUCUUUUCUCUCAUAUUUUCUUUUUCUUUCCCUGACAUAUGUCUCAUUUCAAACAACUCAGAAGAUUAUUUCACCUGUUCUCAUCUCUUCAAGUUUUUCUUUCUCAGUUUUUCAAUUUAAUUUUUAAAUUUAUUUUGAAAAGAAGCUCUGAAUGCUGAACACCAUAAAUAUUAUUAUAAUCAGCUUUUCAAGUCUGUCUCAAGACUCAAAGUUAAGACACCUUGGUUGGUAUUCAAGUUAAAAAUUCCAGCUAUUUUUUUUUUUUUUUUUGUAGGGAGGUUGUGCAGAGUGUAUUUUUAAAGUCUUUUCUCCUAAAAAUUUGUUUCCUCAACUUCAGAGAUUUGUCCUCUGAUUCAUUAACAAACAUUGAUUUGAUGCAGGCAUUCAAAACCCACUCCUUGAAUAACUCUCGUUUCAUUUUGUCUUUGUUUACUUCCAUUAGGAUUUUUCUCUCUCUCUCCCCCUUUCCCCUUCUGAACACUCACUUCCCCCCAAACCCCCCACCUCAUGAUGGCAAAUAUUGUUAUAGUCCCCAAGGCAGGGAACUUCUAUUCAGACUGUAAAAGGAAAUGUUGAAAUCUUUCUCUGUCCUGUCAACAGUAGUGGAAUGAAAAGUCGUUGGAUUGUUUUGGCAAUGGUUCUGAAGCAGGCAUAAUUGGCAAAUUAUUAUAAGACUGCUGCCCGAAAAUCCCUAUUUGCCUCAAGAUAGUGGCAUUUGUUGGCAGAAGCAUCUGAAAUGUCCAGCACAUUCUUUUGAAUUACCAUUUAAGGAUCAGCCUGACAAUAGACUUCUUUCUGCACUUCUUUCUUCCCUCAUAACCCAGAACAGACUGUUCCCAAGUGACUUUCUAAAGGACACGGUGCAGCACUACCAAUGCAAAAGGUGAGAGGAGGGAGAUGUCUCUUAGCCCUGAGGUCUAGCUUCUAACAUAUAGGAUAAGCAUUGAAUAACACCAGAACUGUUUAAUACAGAGAAGAAUGAACUUAGAGAUGACACGAGAAUGCUUUUCACAUUUCACAAAGACUGUCUAAUGGGAUAUCCCAUAAACUGAUACAUGGGACCUAGAAAGUACGUUAUGAUCAGACAAUGUGAGGAUUCAGGAAUCUGCAAGUCAGUUUAAGAUAAGAAAGAACUUCUUAUGGGUAGGGAUGUCAAAGAUGGGAUGGGUUGCUCCUUGAAAGAGGGAGCCUGCCAUCACUUGGUAUUGUUCAAGCAAGGGCUAGGUAAGUAGAUAUUGUGAACAGGAUUGAAAGAUGGGUGAUUGAUAUCAUACUUUAAGACUAGAGACUUUAUGAUCUUCCAAAUAAUGUUGCUAGUGAUUAAUUAAUUAAAUCAUUUUUUUUCUUUGGAAAGAAUUGAAUCAGUCAAAUGAAACCCUAGAAAACUUUCCUAAGAUUUACUGUCCUCAUCUGUAAAAUGGAGACAGUAAAUGGUGCCUUUUCUGCCCACUUCAUAAUGAUCUUGUGAGGACUGAAUGAAAUGAGAUUAAAUUAUGGUAUUAAAUAAAAAACAAAACAAACAAACAAACAAACAAAAAACAUUGAGUAUUUGCCUGUAGAGUGGUAAGACUUAGAAGCAGAAAGUAGGAUAACAUCCAAGGCAACUAUAUUUAGUUCCCUCUGGGAAUUUUUCCUUGAUCACUAUGGACCUACUGACCAUCAUUCUCCCAUUUGACACUUAGUGUUCUCAUUUGGGUUCCUUGUCAACAGGAAAUACAAACCGCAAAACAGGGGACCUACUAUAUGUCUGGGCUUUUCAUUCAGAUUGUCAUCUGAAUUAUACCAAUAAAGUUUCUGAAAGGGACAUCAUAAAUUUGAUUAGGAAUAGGAGUAUUUACAAGAGGUAUUAAGUACUGGGCAUAUCAUCAUAAAAAUGUCAUGUUUGGCCAUCUUCUUUAUCUGAUCUUUAUCCCAUUCAGGAAAUCCCACUCCAAAAUCCCUGAUAUGUCUCCUUUCAAAACUGCUUGAACAUCUUUAUUGACAGAUUGUUUAAGGUCUCCUGAUACAUCUUAGGCAGUUCUGAUGGUUAGUAAAUUCUCCUUCGUUUGAUUUAGACCCUGCAACAUCCAUCUGCCAUUUCUUUCAGAAAAAAAAAAAAAAAUAUUUUGCUGGCAAAGGUUUGGGUUUUCACAGCAGGAUGUGGGAUAUUUGGGUACAGAGGCAAGAUUGGUGGAUUCUCUAAUGUUUACAAGAAGGGGAGCUGUCAAGAAUUGCUAAGCCUGACCUUCAAGUGGGCAAUUGGGCCUCUUUGGAGGCCUGACCUUUGGCCAUUCUCUAAGGCAGAAAAGAGAACCAGUUGAUAUGUUUUAGAUCUUUUGCCUUGAGGCCUGUUCUCCUUGUCCCCUUGCUGAAGCAAUACCAAGAAGGCCAAUGCACAGACCCUGGGGCUAAGGAGGCAUAGAAACCAUUCAACCCAAUGCUUUCAUUUCCACAGAACAGAAAGCAAAGGCCUAGAAACUGGGGGGGAAAAAUCGCUCAAAAACCAGAUGGUGGAUUUUGGUACUGAAAUUAAACUCUAAAGCUUCCAAUUUCUUAUCCCUGGCCCACUGCUGUUUGCAUAUAUUUCCAUUCCCAGAGAAAGGCAUAUUAUCGAAAUCAGGGCAUCAUAGUUGCUGGGCUAAAUCUGAAGUAAGAAAACAAUAGGUCAUCGUUGUUUAAGGGGAAUUUCCAGAAAUUGCCUGUCUUUUCUUAAAGGCUAAGGUCACUCAUAGAACUCUCUGAUUUCCUAUCUGAUCGAAAAGCCCAAACAAAGCUGCGGAAGCGGGCAGAGCCAGCAGAUAUUUUGUAAGGCGGCUUUACCUCUGCCUGGCAUUUUGUGGGGCAGGAGAGGGGAGGGCAAAAGUAUUAAAUUUAGGCUUAAAAGCUCCUCAGAAAUUCUUUACACACAAGAGACCAAGUUGGAGAAAAGAAGAUGACUCGUGCCAAGGGGAAGAAAGAGAGACUAAUGCCUGUGGUUUUCAAAGGUUAACAACAAAAAAAGCCCAAGUAUUUGCACAGGGAUGAAUGCUUGUUGGCUCUUGGCCAACAAUUUAUACAAGGGCUUGUGCCCACAUCCUGUAGCUGUGGUUUAGGGACGCUGCUCAUGAGUGACUUCUUAUGCUUAGUGGCAGGAAACCUUAGUCACUGAUGUGUAAACUCACCUUUGGUCUGCACCUCCCACAAUGUGCUUCUAAGGCAGCUAGGGGCCAGGCCUCCAGAUUUCCUCACGGAUACCAGUUCCUCAGAAGCUAGGGAAGAACUCCUUCUGAGGCCUUGGAAGUAACUGAGACUUGAUUCAUACUUUUCUUAUUCUACUGAUUGCAGCAAGCCCUUAGAAGAAUUCUGUAGCCUCAAGGAGGAAUCAUGGUAUCUUCUGCUAAAUUCUCGCUUCAGUCUAAAACCCAAGACAAAAAAUACGUGAGCUAGAUUUCAUUUCAGGGCUGUGACCAAUGUGAAAUAUGAGAAGCAAAGUCAUGAGGUUGCGCCUGAGUCUAGAUCUUGUGUCUGAUGGGCUAUUUGCUCUCAGUCCUAAAAAGAUCUUAGCAAGCAUCUCACAAGUCUCCUCCUGGGUGAAGCCACAUGGAAUUUGCAAGGAAUUGCUCAAAAAGCAGAUGGUGAAUUUUUACCAAAACUGGGAGUAGAUCCUACAGCUUCCAAUUUCCUAUUCCUGGCCCACUGUUUCUUCCAUGUAUCUCCAUUCCCAGGGAAAGGCAUGACAUCUAAAUCGGUGCAUCAUCGUUGGUGGGCUUAAUUGAGGGGAAAAAACAAUGGGUCUGGUGUAAUUAAUUCUUUGUAGGUAGAUAGGAAGGAAGGAUCAGGAUGCUACAUUAUGAAAGGAGAGUAUGCCAGGUUCUAAAGUUCUCUGAAACAACCCCCUUGCGUCUCACAUCCUGUCAAGGAUGCCUAUGUCAUCCGUCUUAGAAAUUCCUUUUCUUUCUUUUUACAUUCUGCUUACUCUUUAUGGACUCACUGAAGCUGAGACUGGAAGGGACCUUAAACACCAUCUACUUUAGCCCUCUACCUAUUGCAGGAAUGCCCUCAACCAAAACAUGUACAGCAACUGCCGACCAAGCUUCUGCUAAAACAUUUCCAAGGCAGAGAAUCCUUAGCUUUCUACAGCAGCUAAUUCUACUGCUAGGCAGCUACAGCAGGGACAAAGUUUUUCUGAAUGUUGUAACCAAAUCUUCUUCUUUAGAAAUUUAUCUACUUAAUUCUAGAUCUUCCUCCAAAGUUACUCAAAAUAAAUCGAUUUUGUAUUCCAUGUGGUCACACUUCAAGUAAAUAAAGGCAGCUGACUGGUAUUCUCUCCCAAAGAAGUGGUUUUGUUUUUUUGACACAAAAACCCCAGUGCUUGUAACCAUUCUUCAUCUGAUGGGUUAUAUAGAGCCCUAUUUUUUUUUUAAGAUUUUUAAAAUUUACUUAUUCAUGAGAGACACACAGAGAAAAGAGAGAGGCAGAGACAUAGGCAGAGGGAGAAGCAGGCUCCAUGCAGGGAGCCCGACUCAGGACUCCAUCCAGGGUCUCCAGAAUCACCCCCCCACCCCCCACCCCCGGGGUUAAGGCGGUGCUAAACCGCUGAGCCACACAGGCCUGGAAGUUCAUAUAUAGGCUGACCAGUGCAGGUUACAGUGUAUUUUUACUUCGUUUGCCACCACACUACUAGUAAUGAAAUCCAGGUUUCUUUAUCAUACUAGUUGUUUACAUGAAACGUAGGGUUAGUUUCAUACUGUAUAUAAUAUUUUUUCUGAUUUGGUAAUCUCAUUUAAGAAACAAAUGAGGGGCGCCUGGGUGGCUCAGUUAGUUAAGCAUCUGACUCUUGAUUUUGGCUCAGGUCAUGAUCUCAGGGUCCUGAGAUGAAGCCUUGAGUUGGGCUCUGCUGUGGGCAGAGAGCCUGCUUAAGAUUUCCUCUCUCACUCUGCUCCUCCCCAACUCUACCUCCAGUGCAUGCAUGCCCAUGCACUAGCUCUGUCUCUCAAAAAAAAAAAAAAAAAAAAAAAAUGAGACCAAUUUAGUAAUUUAGUAUGGAUUACUCAUAGUAAACCCAUACUAGUUUCUAGUAAUUACUGAUUUUCUUUUCUGACUUUUAAAUUUAUUUGUUAAUUUUGUGGCUAAAGUAUCUGUUUAACAUUUAUUCAUAAAUCAUUAACAAAUUUCCUCUUCUAUAGUUUCUGACAACCAACAUUAUUUUUAUUUUUAUUUUUUUUGAUUUUUAUUUUUUUUAAUUUAUUUAUGAUAGUCACAGAGAGAGAGAGAGAGAGAGAGAGAGAGAGAGGCAGAGACACAGGCAGAGGGAGAAGCAGGCUCCAUGCACCAGAAGCCCGACGUGGGAUUCGAUCCCGGGUCUCCAGGAUCGCGCCCUGGGCCAAAGGCAGGCGCUAAACCGCUGCGCCACCCAGGGUUCCCCCAACAUUAUUUUUAAGUGUUAUUUUUUUUCCUGUCUCUAAUUUAGAGGACACAGUAGGAUGGCUACUAUGAUGGGCCAUUGAGCCAAAGCAGUAAUCAAGUAUGGUUUGAUCCACAGAGAUGUUUAGCAUUGGUUAGUUGAUUGUUUUGUUUCUGGAACAAAAAAAGUUGGGCAGCCCACUCAAGUCUUACUUGAUCUGUAUAAGCAGAAGUGAAUGGAAAUAUGACUUGAAUCAGCACCUACCCCCCCCAGGAUACUGUUAUAUUCAUUUCAAUGGCAACAGCUCCAACUGUCAUUUCUGGUCAACAGAGAAUAGUGACCAUAGAGCCACAUCCUAAGCUUGCUGAGAUUCCCCUCACAAAUAUAUUUCUCAUAGCUUUGAAGAAGGAAGCAUCUCUGGAAUUUCAUAAGGGACAUAGAAAGGAGAUGGGGUUCUCUCCUGGGCAUUUCAAUUUCAUUCAAUAUAUACUUCCUUUGGCCCUAUGUUUUAGGCAAUUAACCAAGCAAACUAUUUGAGCCAUUUUUAGUGGCUCAUACACAUUGAAUCUUAUAAUCAAUAAUAUUUUGUCUACUCCAAUAUUAUAUAUCUUCACUCUGUUCUAAUAUCCUUAGGAUUGGUUCCCAUUCAUGUUCUCUGGUUUUUUGUUGGUAUAAAUUGAUAAAACCUCAUAAUUA